GAAAUUUUCGGCCCGUUAUAAAGUACCUUUGUGUUAUCAAUUGAUGGAACCGAGCUAGCUCGGAGGCUGACUCAUAACAGGUCUCCAAAUACUCGGCUCCAAGUCGACUCCACUCUUGUCUCGCUGUAUAAUCUUGCAAAAAACCGCCUCGCUAUCUCAUCUCUUAGAAUGGCUUCAAAAUCUAAUACAAAUGGCGCAGUUGCUGUUUCCUUGCCAAGUAGAGAAGGAAACACAAACACUGAGCCACCAACUGACGAUGACCGCACGCUUAUCGAUCCUGAUGUCAUUCGUGAUAUUGUCAUCGGACUUUCAGACGGCUUGACAGUCCCCUUUGCUCUAGCAGCAGGUCUUUCAUCUUUGGGCACCUCAAGAUUAGUUGUCGCUGGCGGAAUAGCUGAACUCAUCGCUGGUGCUAUUUCUAUGGGCAUUGGUGGCUUCUUAGCAUCUUCGGCAGAGCGGGAUCAUUAUCACUACAUGCGACGCCACAUAUCGGCUCGGGUGCAACGGAGCUGCGUUGGAGAAAUGGAAAGGGAAGUAUGUGCUGUACUUGUCCCCGUAGGUGUCGACGAGAAGGCGUGCCAGGCGGUCACCAAGUGUCUCAGAGAUGCUGAAUUUGACCCCGAAGUCAGUGCGAACGGUUCAUCGUCAGAUGAAGAAGCGCAGUUGCUGAGAUGGAAGGACCAAGUCGGUUUGACACCCUUUUUACUCAAAUUUGGAGAGGGAAUGGAGGAAAUCUCGAUUCGUCGAGUAUACUCUUCGGCGCUGACAAUUGGCUUAGGGUACUUGGUUGGCGGAAUCAUUCCCCUCAUUCCAUACUUCUUUGUUCCGCAAGCGCAUGUAGCGCUCGUAUACUCUUGUAUUGUCACAGGCAUCGUUCUGUUGAUAUUUGGAGCUGUGAAAUCUCGUGUUACGGGUGCUGGGCAGGGUGUUGGAGGCUACAUAUGGGGAGCAGUCAGCACUCUAUUAGUUGGUGGUACCGCUGCUGCUGCUGCUUUUGCUCUUGUUGCAUGGCUGGAAGAUUCAUAACCACUUACAUCGUAUGUAAAGCUUGUACAAGUCGUUAUUAUCAUUAUGUGAGAUAUCGCUUUUAUAAGUUC